AUGCACCCACUGGGCCUGUGUAAUAACAAUGACGAAGAGGACUUGUAUGAAUAUGGCUGGGUAGGAGUGGUGAAGCUGGAACAGCCAGAGUUGGACCCGAAACCAUGCCUCACUGUCCUGGGCAAGGCCAAGCGAGCAGUGCAGCGGGGAGCCACGGCAGUCAUCUUUGAUGUGUCUGAAAACCCAGAAGCUAUCGACCAGCUAAAUCAGGGCUCGGAAGACCCGCUCAAGAGGCCAGUGGUGUAUGUGAAGGGUGCAGAUGCCAUCAAGCUGAUGAACAUUGUCAACAAGCAGAAAGUGGCUCGAGCGAGGAUUCAGCACCGCCCUCCCCGACAACCCACUGAAUACUUUGACAUGGGGAUUUUCCUGGCUUUCUUCGUCGUGGUCUCCUUGGUCUGCCUCAUCCUCCUUGUCAAAAUCAAGCUGAAGCAGCGACGCAGUCAGAAUUCCAUGAAUAGGCUGGCCGUGCAGGCUCUGGAGAAGAUGGAAACCAGAAAGUUCAACUCCAAGAGCAAGGGGCGCCGGGAGGGGAGCUGUGGGGCCCUGGACACGCUCAGCAGCAGCUCCACGUCCGACUGUGCCAUCUGCCUUGAGAAGUACAUCGACGGAGAGGAGCUGCGGGUUAUCCCUUGUACUCACCGCUUUCACAGGAAGUGCGUGGACCCAUGGCUGCUGCAGCACCACACCUGCCCCCACUGUCGGCACAACAUCAUAGAACAAAAGGGAAACCCAAGCACCAUGUGCGUGGAGACCAGCAACCUCGCACGCAGCCGGCAGCAGAGGGUGAUCUUGCCAGUGCACUACCCUGGCCGCGUGCACAGGACCAACGCCAUCCCAGCCUACCCUACAAGGACAAGCAUGGACUCCCAUGGGAACCCCGUCACACUGCUGACCAUGGACCGGCACGGGGAGCAGAGCCUCUAUUCGCCACAAACCCCCACCUACAUCCGCAGCUACCCACCCCUCCACCUGGACCACACCCUGGCCCCUCACCGCUGUGGCCUGGAGCACCGGGCCUAUUCGCCAGCCCACCCCUUCCGCAGGCCCAAGUUCAGCGGCCGCAGCUUUUCCAAGGCAGCUUGCUUCUCCCAGUAUGAGACCAUGUACCAACACUACUACUUCCAGGGCCUCAGCUACCCUGAGCAGGAGGGUCAGGCCGCACCCAGCCUCGCUCCCAGGGGCCCUUCCCGUGCCUUUCCCCCGAGUGGCAGCAGCAGCCUGCUCUUCCCCACUGUGGUGCACAUGGCCCCGCCCUCCCACCUGGAGAGUGGCAGCACAUCCAGCUUUAGCUGCUACCACGGCCAGCGCUCGGUGUGCAGCGGCUACCUGGCCGACUGCCCGGGCAGUGACAGCAGCAGCAGCAGCAGCAGCUCUGGCCAGUGCCACUGCUCCUCCAGUGACUCCAUGGUGGACUGCACUGAGGUCAGCAACCAAGGCGUGUACGGGAGCUGCUCCACCUUCCGCAGCUCCCUCAGCAGCGACUAUGACCCCUUCAUCUACCGCAGCCGGAGCCCCUGUCGCACCAGUGACGUGGGGGGCUCGGGCACCUCUGGCUGGGGGCCUGUCAUGCGCCUUGAGGGCUCCCUGCCACCUGAGGAGCUCCUGGCAGCCCACAGUCCAGGCGCUGGGCAGGGAGAGCCUUGGCCUGGCCCUGCCUCUCCCGCGGGGGACCGGCUGUCCACCUGCAGCCUCGAGAUGGACUACAGCAGCAACUCCUCCCUGGAGCACAGGGCGCCCAAUAGCUCUACCUCAGAAGUGGGGCUCGAGGCUUCUCCUGGGGCCGCCCCAGACCUCAGGAGGACCUGGAAGGGGAGCCGUGAGGGGCCCUCGUGUGCCUGCUGCUGCGAGCUCCAGCCCUCCGCACUGGAGCCCAGCGUAGGAGGAGCGGGGGGCAGCACCUUGUUCCUGGGCACCCCGCUCUGUGAGGGCUGUGGCCCCACAGGUGGGGAGUCACAGCCGGGAAGCUCCCAGGGCCUAUAUGGCCUUCACCCAGACCAUUUGCCCAGGACAGAUGGGGUGAAAUAUGAGGGCCUGCCCUGCUGCUUCUAUGAAGAGAAGCAGGUGGCCCAUGGUGGCGGAGGGGGCAGCGGCUGCUACACUGAGGACUGCUCGGUGAGCGUGCAGUACACGCUCGCCCAGGAGGCCCCGCCCAGCUGCCACCCAGGGGCCCGGGACCUGAGCCAGCGCAUCCCCAUCAUUCCAGAGGAUGUGGACUGUGAGUUGGGCCUGUCCUUGGACUGCCAUGGAACCCACGGCCUUGGCCCUUGGGGUGGGACGCCGGGCCUGGACGCCCUGUGGCCCCACAGGGGUCUGGGAGCAGCUCAGGAAGAAGAGCGGGUUCUGUGCUGCCAGGCCAGGGCACCGCUGCCCCCUGGAUGUCUCCUGGAGGAGGCAGGGGCCACCAGGGCCAACUUACCCGGUGCCUCCCAGGACACUCAGGAGUCCAACGCCACAGCCACUGAGGCUGCAGGACAGAGAUCUCACCCAGCAGAAGGUGGCGGCAGCCCGGGUGCCUGAGCCCAGAAGGAACUCUUAUGUGGAAAUGGGAACUGCACGGAGACUCCAAAUUCUGACUUCCUUCAGAAAAAACAGAAAAUUUUUGUAGCUUUGACAAACACACAAAAGUGGUAAUAAAGAGAGCCCUCCUUCUCAACCCAAAAUGUGAGCCACCUGUGGCAAACCCUCCCCCCACAAUUAACAAACCAACAGACACAAUUCUCUGAGUCCUUUGCCUCUUUUGAUAACAUGUUAUUCUUCUGUUUUGUAAAGUGUGUGUGCUUGGGGUUCCGAGGUGUGUGGGAUUGAAUUCUCUGCUUUGUUUUUUAAGAUAUUAUAUGUAAAUGUAAAAAGUUAUUUAAAUAUAUAUUUUAAAGAACCCUAACCGCCAACUUUUGCUGAAAAAAAAAAUCACUGCUGCAUUAAUUGAACCACACCAUGUGUAGAUACUGUUGUCUCCCCGGAGGGAGCUCAGGCCUUUGAAAAGCUCAGGGCUACACCUGCCUUAGAAAAUGAACCAGAAACUUGAAGUAAAGCUAGUUGAUAUGGGUACAAACUCUGAGGAACAAUGCAAUGCUGCCUCUUUCUUUCUCGUGGCAAAUCCCAACGUACAAACUUUCAGGUUUCCUGGGAAGCCAUGCCCCUCCAGCCCACACCUUUAGGCAGCUGAUGGAAACAGCUAGGAAUAGGGCGGAAGGUCUGCAGCACUGGGGAGCCGGGAGGAGCCAUUGCUACAUAAGCCCCAUGGUGACAGGGACGCUUCUGCCCAGUGUCCUCAGUCUGUCCCCUCGGGUCAUCGUUCUAAGUAAAAGGACAAUUCACAAUCCUGAUCUUGGGCUUCCUACCACUGGCUGCAGAAAUGGUUUGACGGGGUGUGUGGGGACAAACACCCAGGAGGAAUGUACUUUUGCGGCCUUGGUGUCCGAUGGGGCUGGGAGAGAGCGCUCUCGUAACCCGGAGAAGGGACGGAGGGCGCGCCGGAGCGUGCCUCUGCGCAUGCGUCUGUGUGGGCGCAGCCACGCCCCUCGGCUGCUCAGGCCUCGGGCUGCCUUCCUGGGGGCGCAAGGCUGGGACCCCGCGGGGUCUGCGCGAGCUCCGCUUGAAGAUACGGUUCCCAUCCCACUUCGCCACCGAAGCACCGCUUCAGGGUUAUUCAGGCCUCUGCCUCAUGGCUGAAAGUGUGCAUCUCGCCUGCAAAUGUCUACUAUCCUUUUUACCUAAUGCACUAUUAUGUUUUGGUUUUCCAUGAGACAGAGAAAGAGACUAUCAGAUAGUUUAGACCCAAAGGGUAGGUUUUUGUAUAUUUUUCCAGCCUUUUGUUGUUGUUUUUUAAGAGGGAGGGAGAGUUAAAAACCCAAACCAUUUCUUUUUAAAGAUGUUUCCAUUUUAAAAGGGAGAAUCUAUUUAAAGCUAUUUCAGAUCAGGGAUUGUCAUCCUUUUUGUCCAAUGUAUUUCUUGUUCUAAAAAAAUUUUUUUUAGAAGAAACUAAUCACAUUAGCCUUGUGCUUGCUGACUCUUCUGGUCACUUUUAUUUAUUCAUUUAUUCAGCAGAUAUUGUCAUCUGAAAUGCUCAUAUGCGGAGUAGGAACAUUUCGACCUGGCCCCCUGUAGGUGGGGAAAUAGAGAUCGUGGGUUGCCAGGCAACUGUGAUGACUCCUCCGGUAAGGCUCAGGGGAAGUCAGCCCAGGGUCCAGACCAGAACGUUUUGAAUGAGAAUCUCACUGUAUCAGAAUCCUUUUUUCUUAAAAACUCCAGCUUAUGAUGAGGAAAUUUGCCUACUUCUAGCCAAGAUUUGACAAAGAAAUUCUAGCGUCAAAUGAUUGAGCCUUUUGCCAUUUAGGAACUCACUGUGGUAAGAUUUGUCCUCCAGCCUCAGUAGCGCAGUCUCUUGGGGGCGGCCCCCCGACCUCCUCACCGCCCCCGGGCUGUGCCCAGCACACCUGUUGGCCAGGGUGUGAGAAGCCCUAAGCUGUUGCCAUGUGAUCUGGGCUGCCUUUAUUUCUCAGGCCAGGAGGAGCAGCUGCUGAGGACAACAGCUUGCAUUACAUGGGUUUAGGGAAGGGGUGGGGAGUAUGGCUUCUAACAUGAACUGCAAAAAACAGCUUCUCAUUGUUGAGAUUUUUUUUGUUGUUUGUGGUUUUGUUUUUUUUUGUUUUUAAUGCCUUUGAGGGCAUAUUAUUUUCCUUGUCUGAAACCAUACCCCCAAAGUGGCUUUCUUUAGCCCAGGCUGGAAAACUGCUCAACAGCCUUAAGCAAUAAAUAGAUGAGUAGAGAAUGUGACUUCAACUGGGCUUGUUAAAAUAAAUGUGUCUAAUUUUCAUUUGAAAGAGCAACAACUACGGAUGGCAAAAGAAGCACAUUUAACUUUUGUAGUUUACAGGGUGGUAGAAACAGAAAAAUGAAACUUUAAAUAUCAGCCAUUGUCUUAAAUUUGUGUUGGCUCGCUAGACAGGGAGGUCACCAGGAUAUAGUAACCAACUAUAUUAAUGCCUCACCAUUCAAAUAAAAAGAAAUAUCUUCUUUGAAGUUGUAAAACUCCAGUAAUGAUGACAAAUAGCUUUUUUGUUGGCCUCUCCGUGGUGGGUGGGGGUUAUCUAGAGGUGGAAACUGGGAGCAUAGCAUUUUCCAUUGAGAACCACCCCCCCAGCCAGAGUGGGAGUGGGACUGCUGGGCGUGGUCCCGUGGCCCAGCCCUGGGUGUAGGACAGCCACGUAAACUGACCAGUGCUACCAACCAGUUUAAAAUGGGAGUUUGGGAGUUCUGAUCAACAAGGUACCUCUUUGUGGUAGACACAGCCCCAGUGUGCUGGCUUUAAUUCGCUCAGUCUCUUCACCUCUCUUCUGAACCCAAGCCAUUUUAUAAAGCUCCAUCUGCUGUCCCAGCGCUCAGACCCUCCCUCAUGUGCUGCUAGUUUCUACUCAAAGUUCAUGCAGGACUAAUGCUUUUAAAAUGAGGUCUGAAAAAUAAUUACUAAUCAAGAGUAUUAUUUUUUAAACAGAACUGCCUUUUUCUAUUCUUUAUAUAAACUCUAUUGUGUUGGUCUAACAAGGCACUAUUUUAAAAUGUUUUAAAAAAAUUUCUCCCAUAGCACUUAAAAGAUAUUUUGUAAAGACUUUGCUGUAAAGAUUUUGUAAUAAAAUGGUCUAAGGGCUCCUUCUCUGACAUUACCAUUUUUAAAAAAUGUUUUAAAGGCUAGAAAACAACUUAUGUAUAUUCUGUAUAUGUAUGGCAGCACAUUUCAUUUAUGGAAAUAUGUUCUCAGAAUAUUUAUUUACUAAUAUAUUUAUCUUAAGCCAUGUCUUAUGUUGAGAGUGUGACAUUGUUGGAAUAAUCAUUGAAAAUGACUAACAUGAGGCCCUGUAAAUACAUGAUAAUUGCACACAGAUUUUACGUAUUUGCCGACCAAAAAUGAUUUAAAACAAGUUGUAGUCUUCUAUGGUUUUGUAACAAAUUGUACAAAUGACUGUAAAAAAAAUACAAUUUUAUCAAGUAUGUGUUA